AUGCCAGAAGAAGAGCCGUCCCUGAAUAUCCCCUCUCUCCUCACCCUCGCCGUGGUGUCAUUCUUCGUGCUUCGAUGGUUCCUUAACCGCGAUGGGGGAGAGGCCGGGCCAGGCAGCAGUCGCAGUCGGCCGCGAGGCACCGUCGACCCAGCCCAAGUCGAGCAAAUAUCCCAGAUGUUCCCUCAGCUCAGCGCCCGUGAGAUCAUGUGGGAUUUACAGCGCAACGGGGGUAGUGUUGCGGCGACGACGGAGAGAAUCCUGACCGGUCGGGGGCUGGAAGUGCCGCCCCCAUCCUUCCAACCCCAGAUUGCGAUCCCCAAUACAGCACCCGUGCAGUCACAACCUACCCAAACGGCAACCUCCAAGGCCGAUGCCCAGGACCUGAUCUCCCGAUACAACCUCCGCGCGAAACUUGAGGCCGAGAACAGCGCCGCUGAGUCCGCACCGUCGCAGGCUUCUUCCACGACGGGCUGGUCGCAGAGCAAGGAGGAGCGCCAGCGCUUGCUGCAGAAGCGCAGGGACGAGAUGAUUCUGGCGGCGCGGAGGAAGAUGAUGCAGAAGGAUCAGGCUGCUCAAUGA